AUGGGCAAAACGAAGCGGGUGCUGGGGCCCGAGAUCAAGUCUCUGAAAUAUUUUAUAAACCGGACGGCAGUAUUGAAGCAGUACCGAGAGUUUCUUCGCAUCACAAAGCCGUUGGCUGUCGACGUGCGACUGGACGUGCGGCGUCAAAUACGCGCGGGCUUCGACGCCUACAGACACGAGGAGGACGUGUCUCUGUUGCUACGGCAAGCACGUGAACAAAUGAAAAUGGUGAGCGAUCUGGUGGAUACGGCGCUGGCGCAACAACGCAGUGCAGUGAGCGAGCGCGACUGGAAGAAGGACGAGUGGGUUAUCUCCACACAUGGAGCAGCAGUGGCAUCAAUUGACACGAAGAACACGUGGAUGGACACUCUGUCAGAAGACAAAGAUGGUCAGGAGGAUGUGAAAGGCCGCUUAGGCAAUGGGUGGCCCUGGAAAAGAGGCAAAGACAUAGAUAUACUCGAUUUGCAAGGCAUUAAACGACGUUGA